UACUGUCUUUCACUCGGACAGUUUCCAGAAAUGGUUACAGUUACAAAAAUGUCAGUAAGCAGAAGACAGCACCAACGCCAUUUUCCAUUCAUGAACCCCUAAAUUGUUGCUCCCACUCAAAAUAUCAUAACAAACCCACGUUCACAUUAUUUGUUAAUCAAAUGCCUCUUCAAUUUUCAACUCAUUACUGGAAUCAGUAGCUGACUCAUUGCUUCCUUCUUCCUCUGUUUCUACACCUUUUUCUGGAAAGCAGCUGGUUGUGUGGUGUGUGGUGAAGGAUUAACUAUAAUCUAGUUCUCUGAAGUGGAAACGUGGAAGUUCAUUCUCAAAAUCGCAUUUUGCUUGCCAAAACAAGGAUUCAUUCAUUUGGUGGAGGAUGGUGUCAUUCUCAAAUGAUGGUUUAUCCGAUGCAUUGAUCCAGUCGAAGAACCUGCUCCAGAGCGACUACUCCGCCUAGCCUAUCUUCCUGCCCGCCCCCGGUUCUCUAUGCUCGGUUCCACAACAUGAAGAAGCGGCCAUCAGAAAAUGGUUAUCACACCUUGGAUUUUGGUGUUACUCCAAAACAUAAAGUUCGGAAAGUCUGGGCUGUGCGGUAUUUCCCCCCUGGUUGUGGUAGAAAUGCUCCAAAAGUUGACUUGCGCCACAAGGAAAAUGCUGUGGUCUCCAUAAGUGAAAAUGUUGCUGACGCGCUGGUGGCUCAUGGUAGGAAUGGUCCUAACACUGGGAUUGAGUUCUGUUCUGUUGAAGUUGUGAACUGUCUCCCUGACGUGGAAGAGAAUGAAGAAUUGGAUAGGUUGGUCGGGAAUGCGUUAGCCAGAACCACGAGUCUGAUAGAAAACAGGGUGGAAGAACCAACAAGUCAUGCCAGAUCUCUUGGAUUUGAGUUGUCUAAAGAUAUUGAAAGUAGCGAAAUGUCAUCGCUCAAGAAAGCAAAAGUCAUUCAGCGUGAUGAAUUGGUGAAGGAAGUCGAUGGGGAGAAAAGCUCACUUUUGGUUGAAAAUGUGGUCAGUGUGACUGAUGGGGCAAUUCCUGUUUGUUGUGUGAAAGCAUGCUCACCGCCUCAGUGGCCAGUCAAGAAUGGAAAUGUUGCGGAUAAUAUUUCCCCCUUGCCAAAGAAUAAGUACUGCCAAAGAAGAGUCUUUGCUGUUCGUGACUUCCCUCCAUUUUGUGGAAGAAACGCUCUGAAGCCAACCGAACAGGAGCGCUUGGGUGGUACUGAAGCAAGCAGGAGAGUGGUUUUGUUGGAUAAGGAAUUUACAGAAAAUGAAGCGGUUGAGACUUCAAAAAAUGUUAUGGAUACAAGGACAUCGCACAUGAAGUUGACUGUAAGUCGGGAAGCUGAUUCUUUGAGUAAGAUAGAGGUUGCUGGUUCCAAAUGUAGCUUAAUGGAACAAACAGUUUGUAUUGAAGAUCGAGAAGGUGUCCAUGAUAGUUAUACUGGAAGGAUCCAACUUGAAAAAACUUUAAUUUUGCCAGAGACAAUGACGAAAAAGGAGAAUGAUGAUGCAGGAAAAAAUGUGGGGAAGGUGAAUAUUGCAUAUUCACAGAAUGAGUGUGAAAAGGUUACUACUGCAACACAUGCUCUUGGUUCUGGAGAUGAAAUUAUUAGGCCAAUUGUGCAUGGCUCGAUGGCUGAACCCUAUUGUCCAUGGAAGCAAACUCAUCUACAUGGGCCGGGGAGCAGAAAUGUGAUUGUGUGUGGUCUGAUGGCAGAGCCAUACUGUUCCUGGAAGCAGAUGAAGCAAACUAGUUUAGAUGGUGUGACGAGUAGAAACCAAGUUCAAAAGCCUAACAUGCAUCGGCAGAAGAAAUCCUUAGCUGUUGCCAGAAAAAGUAUUCCAAAACCAAAAUUUUCACCGAGACAGUUUGGCAGGACUAAAUCAGGUUUCAUUGGUGAAGUUGCGGAAGGAUAUUCAAAUGCACUGGUUGCCAGCAACGAUAGAGCUUGUGUUUUGAAUAGGAAGGCACUACCUGAAGAAUCUCCAAUUGGACAGGGGCACUGUGAAUUUGAUGUGAAUCUGCCACCUUUUGGUUCCAGCAGCAAUGAUGCUCGUAGUAAAGUCAGAGAGACUCUUCGUCUGUUUCAGUCUAUUUGUAGAAAAAUCUUGCGAGGGGAAGAAUCAAAUGGAGAAGUAAAACCUAAGCAGAAAGAUAAAAAGAACAGAAGGAUUGAUAUUCAAGCAUCGAAUUUUAUCAAAGAAAAAGGGAAGGAAGUUAAUACAGGACCCCGGAUACUGGGAGAAGUUCCAGGAGUUGAAGUAGGAGAUGCGUUCCAAUACAGGGUUGAACUUGCUCUUGUGGGAGUUCAUCGCUUAUAUCAAGCCGGUAUUGAUUUCCUGAACAAUGGAGGAAUGCUGGUUGCAACUAGCAUUGUUGCUUCAGGGGGCUAUGACGAUGAUUUGGGAGAUGCUGAUGAGCUGAUUUAUUCUGGGCAAGGUGGAAAUUUGACUGGCAAGGACAAAAUCCGUGAAGACCAGAAACUUGUGAAAGGUAAUUUAGCCUUGAAGAAUAGUAUAGCUACAAGGAAUCCUGUUCGGGUGAUUCGUGGAUCUAAGGCUGAAUCCACAGAUGGAAGAGCUAAUUUGGUGACAACUUAUGUGUACGAUGGCUUGUACACUGUUCAAAAUUAUUGGACAGAACGAGGGCCACAUGGUAAGAUGGUCUUUAUGUUUAAGUUGGUGAGAAUUCCCGGACAACCAGAGCUUACUUGGAGAGAAGUAAAGUCAUCAAGAAAGUCCAAAGUGCGUCAUGGUGUUUGUGUUCCUGAUAUUACAGAAGGAAAGGAGUCACUGCCAGUAACUGCUGUGAACACAAUUGAUGGUGAGAAACCCCCACCAUUCAAGUACAUCAAGAGGAUGAUGUAUCCGGAUGGUUUCCACCUUGCUCCACCUAAAGGCUGUGAUUGUAUUGGUAGAUGUUCUGAUGCAAAGAGGUGCUCAUGUGCAGUUAAAAAUGGAGGUGAGAUCCCAUACAACCGCAAUGGGGCUAUUGUUGAAGUUAAGCCUCUUGUGUAUGAGUGUGGUCCUUUUUGUAAGUGCCCUCCUUCAUGCUAUAAUAGAGUGAGCCAACGUGGUAUUAAAAUUCCGCUGGAGAUCUUCAAGACAGAUACAAGGGGCUGGGGUGUGAGAGCUGUAACUUCUAUCUCUUCAGGAACCUUUAUCUGUGAGUAUGCAGGAGAAAUUCUUGAGGACAGAGAAGCCGAACAAAGAAUUGGUAGUGAUGAAUAUCUUUUUGAUAUUGGAAAGAACUAUAGUGAUUGUACUGAUAACUCUUCUGGACAAGCAGACCUAAAUGAGUUAGCAGAUGAGGGUGGUUAUACAAUUGAUGCAGCGCACUAUGGAAAUGUUGGACGAUUUAUCAAUCACAGUUGUUCACCCAACUUGUAUGCGCAGAAUGUUGUUUAUGAUCAUGAGGAUAAGAAAAUGCCCCAUAUCAUGCUAUUUGCGGCAGAUAAUAUACCUCCCUUGAAGGAGCUUUCUUAUCAUUACAACUAUUCUGUGGAUCAGGUUUAUGACUCUGAUGGCAAGAUCAAGGUGAAGAGGUGCUUUUGUGGAUCUUCAGACUGUACUGGUAGGAUGUACUAGGAUUUGUAAAGUUUCGCUACUGUAGUUGAAUGGAAGAAUUACUCAUGUCAUUGUCUUUUUUUACAUCUACAAUAGUAUUUCUUCUUGUUUGGUCUGAGAUGCUAUGUUAUUAUUUGCAUGUUGGUUGUUCA